GGGAGCGCACGGGGCCUCAAAAUGUCCUCCAGUGGCACCCUCAGCAACUACUACGUGGACUCGCUCAUAGGCCAUGAGGGCGACGAGGUGUUCGCGGCGCGCUUCGGCCCGCCGGGGCCCGCGGCGCAGGGCAGGCCCGCAGGUGUGGCCGACAGCCCGGCCGCCGCCGCCGCCGAGUUUGCCUCGUGUAGUUUUGCCCCCAAAUCGGCCGUGUUCUCCGCCUCUUGGUCCACCGUGCCCGCCCAGCCCCCGGCGGCGGCCAUGAGCAGCCUCUACCACCCGUAUGUGCCCCCGCCGCCCCUGGCCGCCGCCGCCUCCGAGCCGGGCCGCUACAUGCGCUCCUGGAUGGAGCCUCUGCCCGGCUUCCCGGGCGGCGCGGGCGGCGGCGGCGGCGGCGGCGGGAGCGGCGGGGGCGGCGGGGGCCCGGGCCCCGGUCCCAGCCCCGGCCCCGGAGGCGCACCGAACGGGCGCCACUACGGGAUUAAGCCUGAGACCGGAGCGGCCCCGGCUCCCGCCGCCGCCGCUGCCGCCGCCGCCGCCGCCGCCGCCACCUCCACCUCCUCCACUUCCUCGUCUUCCUCCUCCAAACGGACUGAGUGUUCCGCGGCCCGCGACUCCCAGGGGAGCGGCGGCCCCGAGUUCGCGUGCAACUCGUUCCUCCGGGACAAGGCAGCAGCGCCGGCGGGGGGAGCCGGGGCCGGGGCCGGGGCCGGCGGUUCGUCGGAGCCCUCGGCGGGCAGCGACCACCCGAGCCCGGGUUGCCCGCUGAAGGAGGAGGAGAAGCAGCAGCCGCAGCCACAGCCGCCGCCGCAGCAACUUGACCCAAACAACCCCGCAGCGAACUGGAUCCACGCUCGUUCCACGCGGAAAAAGCGCUGUCCCUACACCAAAUACCAGACGCUGGAGCUGGAGAAGGAGUUCCUCUUCAACAUGUACCUCACCCGGGAUCGGCGCUACGAGGUGGCCCGGAUUCUGAAUCUCACAGAGAGACAGGUCAAAAUCUGGUUCCAGAAUCGCAGGAUGAAAAUGAAGAAGAUGAGCAAGGAGAAAUGCCCCAAAGGAGACUGA